CGGGCUUUCACGCUGUAGUCUUCGACUCGGACGCACACUUCAACAAUCAGUGUGUCUCGACUUGCAGUGUACCACUCUAAAUUUCAGUGUUUGUUCGUGGAAUUUGUCCGGAACACCAUGUCUCUUCUAGUCCAACCCAGCCCCGAGCUCCAGAUCCACAUCCGAAAAGAACUCAACGAGGAUGUCAACACAAGGGAUAGCGACCUCCAGGCGAUUAAGGACUGGCUGCAAAAGCAACCCCAUUUGCCCGACACUUGGGAUGAAGACCGCAUCAUGACCUUCCUCCGCGGUUGCAAGUUUUCCUUGGAAAAGUGCAAACGCAAGCUGGACAUGUACUUCACAAUGCGCGCCGCCAUCCCCGAGUUCUUCACCAACCGGGACAUCUCCCGCCCAGAGCUCCAGGAAGUCUCCAAAAUCACACAAGGCCCCCCUCUCCCCGGUCUCACCCCCGACGGCAAGCGCGUCACCAUCAUGCGCACCACCGUCAAAGACUUCGACACCCCCAACAUCGCCGACAUCAUGAAACUCGCCCUCAUGAUCGGCGAUAUUCGGCUCGCCGCCGAGGAGGUGGGGGUGGCCGGCGACGUGUACAUCCUCGACGCCAGCGCGGCCUCCAUCAACCACUUCUCCAAGAUCACCCCCACCAUCGUUAAGAAAUUCCUGGUGUGCGUCCAAGAAGCCUACCCGGUCAAGCUCAAGGAAGUGCACAUCGUGAACUCGUUGCCCAUCAUCGACACCAUCAUCAACUGGGUGAAGCCGUUCCUGAAGGAGAAGAUCAGGAACAGGAUCCACAUCCACCAGGAUAUGGACAGUUUGUACAAGUUCGUCCCUAAGGAAAUCUUGCCGGAGGAGUACGGCGGGAGUGCUGGGAAGAUGGACGAUUUUCAUGCUCAAUGGAUGAAGAAGUUGGCGGAGUACUCUGCAUGGUUCAAGGAGCAGGAGGGGAUCAAGGCCGACGAGUCCAAGCGUCCUGGGAAACCUACCAACUACGAAGAUCUGUUCGGGUUGGAUGGGAGCUUUAGACAACUGACCAUCGACUAGAUGAUGGGUUCUAGGAAAUCCUUGUUGUUGGACCAAAGUUUUUCAUUUCUUUCAUGUUCAUGUUACUUUGGCGUUGCUAGUGGAAGCUGGGACCCCAUGAUGGGUUGCAUUGGUAGUAUUGUUUUGGAGGAAUGCGACGUGUCAUGGGUCCAACGUUCACUCUGUUAUCAUUUUCAAUGUCAUGUUAAUUUUUAUUCAUUUUUGUAACAAUAAACUUUUUUUCCAA